UAAAUUACCAACUAUAUAGUAACUGGUAAUUACUAAUUAGUAACAACAAAUGCCAUUACAAUUUACAAGUAGUCAGUUCUGUCAAUGCCUAUUCAGUAUUUGCUUUAAUACUAUAUAUAUAUAUUAGGACUCUGUACUAUAAUAUUUUGUUAUUUGAAAAAAUUUGAUUGAACUACUUAACCAGAUAGACGACAGCAUUGUAAUUAUAACAUGGAUUCUCAGGACUAUUCCGACAGUAGUGAUGAAAAUGAUUCUGACUACAAACCACCAGGUGAAGAUGAAAAAUUAUCAGAAGUCGAUUCAGAUGAUCCAAUUGAAGAUGAUGAGGAUAGUGUCAGUAAAUUUGCUAAAAAAUCAAAGAGAACUAAUAAGAAAUCUACAACUAAGAAAGGAAAAAGAAGCUCACUAAAGAAAUCAAAAAAAAUAGUAAUUGAUGAUGAAACAGUUGAAAAAACAAAAGAAGAAGUAGAUACUCUUCUCAAUUCCUCUGAAGACGAUAAAAAGCGUUUAGAUGCUUUGUGGGAAGAAUUUCAACGACCUAUUCCAAAGAAAUCUUCUAAUACACCUUUAACCAGUGAAAAUAAAUCUAAAUCAAAAGAAUCCAUAGUAAAUUCUAACAAACCAGAAACAACCAAAAAAAGGAACUUUGAAGCAUUAUUUGACAGUUCGGACUCAUCUACAAAAGUAGAGAAUAAUGAUGACAAUACAACUACACCUAAGUUUCCAGGACCUAAAAGUGCAGUAGCUCCUAUUGCUACUAAACCAUCAGGUGGUUUAGCAAGUGUAUUAAGUCAAAUAGGAAAAAAAAGUAAAUUGACAGUUUUAGAGAAAUCCAAACAAGAUUGGGAUGGUUACAAAAAAAAAGAAGGAAUUGUUGAAGAAUUAGUCACACACAAUAAAGGAAAAGAUGGGUACUUAGAAAAGCAAGACUUUUUAGAACGGACAGAUUUACGACAAUUUGAAUUGGAAAAAGCAAUGAGAGCUGCCAAUAGGUCACACAGAAGUUAAAUAUAGUAUCAUUAAUUUUAUAUUAUAUUAAUGCUCUCUAAUUAUUUAAAUAAUUGGUUUUAAACUUAUAAAUUGUAUU